AUGGCUAAAUGGGCUGGAUCAAAGAAGCACUGGGUGAUUAGGGGCGCAGGAACGCUCGAAUCCCCAAAGGUCCUGGUGACCAUGCCUGUCUCGUUGUAUAACAGUGCUCAUACAGGCCGAAAGGAGUACAAUUACCGAAUGGUUGAGAAUGUGGCCCUCUCCAUGGGGUUUACGCACGCCGAGAUUGUACACUGGAACCACAACACCCAGUUUGAGCGGGACGCAGAGGGUCACAAGAUCCUCGACCGGGACUGGAGCACGGGCAAGAUGUGCGGGCGGCUGUCGCCUGCAGAUGCCCACAUCACGUGCAGCUUCAGGAACACCGCGAGGCCCCACGAGUACUUUACCGCGCACGUCUACGUCGUCGAGGACAAGUUCAACGUCCCACGGCAGCUGAUGCCGGUGUCGGAGAGGCAGUAUACUUCUCCCACCGACUGGGACUCGCCGCAAUUUUGGCAGGUUUCUUUACGACACAUCCCUUCUUACUACUCCGAGUUUGAGGAUAGCGACUGCGAGAGUGAUCCUUGGCCUGAAGGCUUUGGUGAGGAUGCCAUGCAGUGGCCGUUGUCGCCUGACAUUAUCGUCUUGAGCGGAGACUCGUCGGAUGCUAUAUCCGUUUAG